ACAUUUAUGGCAAAAUGAAUUAACCAUUUUUGUACGAUCUUUUUGGUUAUUAUAAUAUUGACUGUGAAUUAAAGAUGAUCUGUGAAUCAAAACGGGUUACAAAAAGCUACCUUUAUGAGUAUUAAUACAAAUCAAUUUCCAAACCUUUCCUUUAAAUACGUCAUAUUUGUCACAUCAAUAUAUUAGUGAAGAUAAUCCUAUACGUACCCUGAAAACAACGAGAUCACCGCGUCCUACUAUUUGACCUUUAGAAUAAAUGUCGUGCAUGUAGAGUUUAAUUAAAACGCUUUUGCAUUGCAACAACACGAAAUAUAUUUUAUAUGAGCAAGGUGUUUCAUAUAGAAUAUAGACAAUGGAUAACAGUACUAUUUCAAUUCGUGAUGCUAAACCCGAGGACUGUGAUCAAAUCAUCACACUUAUACAGGAGUUUGCAGAUUUUGGAGAAGCGCCGAAUGGUCCUUCAAUUACAGCAGACACGUUACGGAAAGAUGGUUUUGGUGAGGAGAAAAUGUUUAGGUGCUUUGUUGCUGCAGAUGGCAACUGCCUCGUUGCAUUUGCUUUGUAUUUCUUCAACUAUUCUACGUGGGAAGGAGUAUACGUGUACCUGAAUGAUUUGUACGUUACACCAUCUUACAGGAAAAGAGGGAUUGGGACCCAGCUGAUGCGUAAAGUUGCUCAAGUUGCUAUUGACCGGAAGUGCACCAGAUUGGACUGGCUCUGUUUAGGUGGGAAUGAACAAGCUAUAGAAUUUUACAAAUCGAAAGGUUCUGUCAACCUCACCACGGAAGAAGACUGGAAUUUGUUUAGACUAAGUGGAGACAAACUGCAUGCAUUUGCAAAUAAUGUCUAGGAUUGGGCAUGGAUUGCAAAAUGAUAAUUGCCAAACUUUGGGAAAAAAGAUAACGUGCAGUAACAGUAUAGUUAAUGAAAUACGCAAAACAAACUUCAGAUACUUAAACAAAAUACAGCAGUGCAAGUGAUGUCCUGGUAAUGGAUACGAAAACUUUGAAGAAAACAUUCAAAUACCGUUUAUUCAGGGUCACUGACUAAAUUUUAAUUGACCUUCAAUAGUGACAUUGACCUUUGACCUAUAAGCAUAAGUUACGUACGAGCAUAAUCUACAUAUUGCCUCUGAACAGAUGCCAUGUUUUAUGAAUCUAGCUUAAAUAUUUUUUGAGUUCUCGCAGGAUGCGGACGGGUAGAUGGACGAACGGACGGAGGGAGGGCAUACCUAUAGUCUGCUCCGGCGUUCUUAAUUUAUUUUUCAAUGUAUUUGAACUAUCAUUAUCUAAGAUUGCUAUCUAUCAGCGUUACAGAGCUGACCAUCAUUAAAGGGUGGUAUUUGACUUGUUUUUAAAAACCAAGGUGUUAUAAGCGUUUUCUUACUUAGAGUAGAAUUUAAAAAUAUUCAUACUGACCAGUAACGUGCGUGUUAUCGGGAAGGGAGACAACUCUGUUUAUCAUAUACAAAUUAUCACCUCGUGAUUAUCUUUCUUGUUCUGUUAGCCCUUGGAUAAUUGAAAACAGACGAAAACACAUCUAAAUUCAUAUAAAAUGAAAGUUUAUUUACACACCCAACCGCCCUUCCCUAUAUUUGAGAUACUUUUUGUGCUGUUUCUUUUAUUUCUAUUUUCAUCUUUAACACAGGCGGUACGUAUGACUGUUUGGACUGCGGAUUCAACCUUCAUUUGGACACGUACAAUUUAUUUAGUAUUUUCUGUUAAUUUACCAUAUUCUAUUUUUUGUAUGAACUAACUAAAAUUAAUUAGCGCUAAUUUUAGUAUGCGUAACUAUACCUUCACUAAGCGCUAGUUUGAGCAUCGAAUUAUUGUAUUUUUUUAUUUAUUUUAUUAAUGUCUCAUCACAUGUACAGCAUAUAUUAACUCACAUAGUAAAACAACAAUGUACAUAUGCCGCUUUAUACAGAGCUAUAAGAGACAGAAUACAUACAUACAUAUUAACAAUGUUCCAGAUCUUUAUAUAAAACACGGACUUAAAACAUCACUCUUUAUAAAAAGGGGUGAAUAGUUACACUAGACUGAAAUAAACUAAAACCUAGUCACAUUAUGUACCAGAAUUUAUAAAUAUUGUUUUUAGAGUUCUUUAAAACGAACAAGGUACGGACGGUAUUUACAGAUAAGAAAAUUAUAUCUAUUUACAGAAUAAAAUACUUUUCCUACAUUUUAAAAUAUAAAAGCAGGUUCCAGCAGUGUGUCUAGCUACUUCGUUAUUGGAGAAAAGCCAUAUAAACUUAUCAGAGUCGUUCAUCUGUUCAAAUGUGGCAAAAAUAUCUUUCGCAGCAUUGUAUAACUUAUCUCUUAACUGCUUAUAUAACGGACAGUAAAGUAUUACAUGUUUUUCAUCUUCCACACAAUUCUUACAAUGAAAACAAGUUCUUGCAUUAACAUCUAGGUUCUCAUAUCUACCAGUCUCCAAUUUCAGUGGAGCUACCCCACAUCGAAACUUUGCCAUGGCA